AUGCAUUCUACCAAACCUGUCACAAGUCCUGGUCGAGGCCAGAGUAGCAUGCGGGUCAACUUACCGCACAUUGGACAGACGCAACGGGAUACGGCAUCGCUUCCGCUUGCCUCUGCACUGGGGACCGCAUGUUCCACUCCGCUUGGCGGUGGGACCGCUGCACCAGGAGCCCCAUACUGGUUGCAGGACAUUACGCACCAGGGCACCUCUCCUUUCAACCCGGAUCCUAGCUCCUACCAGGUUUUCCGUAACGUCAAGGACUUCGGGGCCGUUGGCGAUGGCGUGACGGACGACACCGCCGCUAUCAAUAAUGCGAUCUCUUCAGGAAGCAGAUGUGGUGGAGGUUCAUGUCCCUCUUCCACCGUUACGCCAGCCAUCGUGUUCUUCCCUCAAGGCACUUAUCUGAUAUCGACCCCAAUCAUUGCAUACUACUACACGGUACUCAUCGGAGAUGCGAGGGUACCUCCGACUCUCUUGGCCUCGUCCGGGUUCAGCGGCAUGGCUGUCAUAGAUGCGGAUCCGUACAUCGCGAAUGGCGGCGGCGCGCAAUGGUACACCAACCAGAAUAACUUCUUCCGCAGCGUGCGCAACUUCGUCAUCAACCUCACUCAAAUGCCCGCGUCCACAUCUGCCACCGGUAUCCACUGGCAAGUAGCUCAGGCCACCUCGCUCAUGAACAUCGUCUUCGAGAUGAGCACCGCCUCAGGGAACUCACAUCAAGGUAUCUGGAUGGAGAACGGUAGUGGCGGCUUCAUGGGCGAUCUCGUGUUCAAUGGAGGCAAAUAUGGCAUGUGGGUCGGGAACCAACAAUUUACAGUCCGCAACGUGACCUUCAACAAUGUCAACACCUCGGUUUACGGGAUUUGGAAUUGGGGUUGGACCUUCCAAGGCGUUAAUAUCAACAACUGCCAGGUGGGAUUUGACCUCGAAACAGGCGGUACCACGCAAUCUACGCAGACUGUCGGCGGCGAGGCGAUCAUAGACGCGGUCGUCACCAAUACGCCUAUCUUCGUGCGGUCCUCGGUCGCGACUACCUCCCUCGCUGGCUCGCUCGUGUUGAACAACUGCCAGCUCACCGAUGUGCCCACGGCUGUCGGCAUCGUUGGAGGCGCGGUCGUCCUCGCCGGUGGCACGACGACGAUCACCAGCUGGGGCCGGGGCAACGUCUACUCGGGCACGAGCAGCAGCUUCUCGUUCGAGCAGGGCAAUAUUGCUGCGCCCAGCAAAUCUGGGACCCUGCUGAAUAGCGCGGGGAGAAUAUUCGGGAGAGUGCAUCCGCAGUACGAGGACUAUGCGGUCAGCCAGUUUGUCAGCGUCAAGAGCAACGGUGCCAAGGGCGACGGUGUCACGGAUGACACGACGGCUCUGCAAAAUAUCCUGAACGAGUAUACCGGCUGCGCCAUUGUCUUCUUUGAUGCAGGCACAUACCUGAUCACGAACACUCUGACCAUCCCCGCAGGUACUCAGAUGGUCGGCGAAGCGUGGAGCGUCAUCAUGGGUGGCGGGUCCGCAUUCCAGAACCAGAACAGCCCGACGGUAAUGGUACGCGUCGGUGAGUCUGGCUCGUCCGGCAUCAUGGAGAUCUCGGAUAUCGUGUUCGCUACCCAGGGCCCUGCUCCCGGGGCCAUCGUCGUGGAAUGGAAUAUGAACUCUCCUACCCAGGGCGGCGCUGCGAUGUGGGACUCUCACAUCCGGCUUGGAGGAGCUGCCGGCACGAACCUGGAGGCGGCGACUUGCCCGUCCGGAUCAGACUCAACUUCAUGCUUCGCGGCGUUCCUCGCCCUGCAUCUGACGCCCAGUUCUAACGCCUAUCUUGAAGGUACUUGGGUAUGGCUAGCGGAUCAUGACCUGGACGGUGAUGGUACCUCGCAACUCACCAUCUUCAGCGGACGGGGCAUUCUCUCCCAGUCUGCUGGACCGGUGUGGUUGAUUGGAACUUCUGAGCACCAUACGCUCUACCAAUACAACCUCGCGGGUGCCCAGAAUCAUUACAUUGGUCUGGCACAAACAGAGACGCCGUACUACCAACCCGUCCCAGCAGUACCCACUCCCUUCUCAAUCAACAGUGCCUAUGACGAUCCGUCAUUUCCCUCUGGCCUGACUUCAGCAUGGGCGCUGAGCGUGUCAUCAUCAAGCGACAUCAUCCUGUUCGGAGCCGGAUUCUACAGCUUCUUCCAGAAUUACAGCCAGAGCUGCUUGACUGGAUCGACAUGCCAAAGUCAGCUCGUCAACAUCGACUCCGCGUCGUCGAUCAGCAUCUACAGCCUGGCGACGGUCGGUGUGACAUACCAGCUGAGCGUGAACGGCGCGGGAGUCAUCCCCGAGAGCCAGAACGUGAACGGGCUCCAGUCGACUGUGACUGUGUGGACCCAGUGA